AUGUGGCUUUACUCGGGCGCAUCCAAACGCUCCGCUAACUCCAAAUCCUCCUCGUCAUCCCGUCACCGUGCGCCGACCUCCUCCUCAUCGACUCCUCCCCCUUCCCGACAAACGUCUCCCAGCUCCGCCCUCGCCGAAGUUCUGAGAAAGAAUCCCUUCCGAGCAGGCUCCAAGGAGUCCCUGCCCGCUGCCGACAGUCACGAAGACGAUGAAGAUCCCUCGGUGCCCUUGAACAAGGACCUGCUGGUGCUCGCCGACUUCUUCCCGGACGUCAAGGUCGAAGUCCUCCGUGAACUGCUCGUCCGGUUUGAUGGCGACAGCAGACUUCCGAUAGCCACGGAGCAACUCUACAAGUACAAGGCAGAAUGGGCUAAAGGCCGAUUGAAUGUCCCGCCGAGGAGUUUGGACGAGCCACUCCCGCCCGACGAACUUUUCAGGACAAAGGAAUACAAGGAUGCCGUGAGACGGACGGUUGGACGCGAAUUCAGUGCGUUGGGCAAGAGUGCCAUCGAUGCUGUCCUCGCCGAAGUCAACUUCUCAUACACGGGCGCGAGGCCAACCCUCCAACAGUUGACAAGCAGGUCGUGGAAAGCGACGUUUGCAAACCUCCUCAAGAAGAAGCGAUCUCAGGCCGAUCCUCCAUCGAUCCUGCUAGACAGGACAAAGACGGAUCCCGGAGGACCAGGGUUGGUCGCAACAGGGUCUCGCGACCUGGACAACGAGUUAUCCCGGCUGUUCUCCUUACCCGCGCAGUCGUCUCGAAGACCAAGAGAUCAACAAGUCUCCGACCUGGAACUCGCUCAAGCCCUCAAUCUAAAGGAAGCCCAAGAAGCGGGUGCCCUCUUUGAAUGUCAGGUUUGCUAUAACGAUGUCACGUUCGAGGACGCCUCAUUCUGCACUCAGUCGAACCAUAUUAUUUGUCUGGACUGCAUACGGCAUACCCUCCAUGAGGCCCUUUUCGGGCAGGGCUGGGCGAAAUCCGUUGAUGUCGGGCGCAGCACCUUGAAAUGCUUGGCCGCAGAUGAUUGUGACGGACAUAUCCAUCAGGACCUUCUCAGACGUGCCCUCCACCGCUCCGACAACAAGUCCAGCGUCGAAACUUGGAGGAAGUUCGAAGACCGCCUGGCGGAGCACAAUCUUUUACACUCCGCUUUACCACUCGUCCGUUGCCCUUUUUGCUCCUACGCCGAAGUCGAACAGAUCUACGAUCCGGACACGGUCACAUCUGUUAUUACAUGGCGUGUUCGCAAACCCACCACAGGCAUCCACACUAUCUUAUCCAUCCUCCUUCUCGAACUCCUCCCAGCAACCAUUCUCCUUCUCCUACCCUUCUUCCUCAUUUUCCCACAUUACUUCAUCACCCUUUUCUCCACGUCGCUAGCCCACCUAGCCGUCAAAACCAGUACCACGCGCUUUUCAUGUCGGAACCCUUCGUGCAUGCGGAAGUCGUGCCUCAAAUGCCAAAAGGCAUGGCACGACCCGCACGUGUGCCACGAACCAUUGAUACUCUCACUCCGCACGACCGUCGAAGCAGCCCGCACCGCAGCCAUCAAGAGGACGUGCCCGCGCUGCGGGACCUCGUUUGUCAAGUCCUCGGGCUGCAACAAACUCACCUGCGUGUGCGGGUACAGCAUGUGCUACCUGUGCCGCAAAAACAUCGGCAAGGCCGGCGCCCCCAACGACGAAGGCGGCGAGGGCUACCGGCACUUUUGCGAACAUUUCCGCCCCAUCCCCGGCCAGAAGUGCCAGGAGUGCGACAGGUGCGACCUGUACCGCGCCGAGGACGAGGACGCCAUGGUCAGGAGCGCGGGCGAGGAGGCCGAGAGGGUCUGGAGAGAAAAGGAAGGCAUGGUCGGCGUCAAGGGCCUGGAGGAUGCCGUGGGUAAUGUCGCCGGGGAGGAUACCGUCUGGAAGAGGUUCAGGGAGGGGAGGUGGACCGUCCAGGGCGUGUUGGAUUGGGUUGUGGAGAGGGCGGUCGUCGUGGAGGUUGAAUGA